CAGGUGGAAUUGGAGGCGGUGCGGCCGGGUGGCGAGGAGGGAGGAGAGGAGCUGCGGCUUGGGGCGGCGGUACUGCCGCUGCGGCUGCGCAUUGACCAGGCGGUGGUGGAGUUCCUGCAGGGUUUCUUUGCCCCCCAAAACCCCGACGAGGGCGACGGGGAGCUGAUCAACUGGGCUGACGAGGACGACGAGGCCGCCGAUGACAGCGCCGCUGACGAGGACGACCCCGCAGGCGAGGAGGUGUUUUUCCAGCGAGCUGAGCUGUGGGGCUUCAGUGUGAUGGUGGACUACUGGCCACGCCGCCUCGAUCUCGCCUCCCUCAAGGCCGGCAACCUGGCUGAGGCACGCUGCUUCAAAUACGCGCAGGUGCUCAAUCUGGCGCCCUGGGGCAACGUGCUGCUGCAGCUGCCUCCGCUGCGCCUGAGCGGCGCGCACGGAUGGGCCGCCCUCGGCUCAGCGCUCGGGGACCACUGGCUCAAGGAUAUCACCACCAACCAGGCGCACAAGUUUUUGACAGGCUACGCGCCGAUCCGUUCGUUGGUUCGUGUCGGGACGGCGGCCGGCGCAUUACUAGCAAUCCCAGCAGAGCAGCUGCGGCGCGACGGGGGGGCUGCCCCCCGGCCCAACGGCGCGCCGCCCCUCUCGCGGAAGCUUCAGCGCUCCCUCACCGGUGCGGAUUCUAAUUCUCUCCCCCUGCCCUCAAAAACAGCUCCCUCAAACGCCUGA